UCUUGCUCGUCGUCUUGCCCUCCUCCGACGAGCCGAGCGCCCCUCUCCCUCGCCAGCAUGGCUGCACCUCUGCCGACCCAGCGCGGCUCCAGCCUGUGGCUGCCGUUGCUGCUACUGCUCUCCCGUCUGGCCCAAGUCGAGUCUGUGAAUGUCGGGUUUGUUAGCCCGACUUCGUCCGACGUAUGGGGCUCUGGCCAGCACACAGUAUCGCUCUCGUACGAUACCGCCUUUGGCGUCCUGGCCUUCGGAACCCGGUUCGACCUCGAUUUCGUGAUGUUCGAUGGCAGCUGGCGGAGCGUUGCUUCCAACCAGGUCCUCACGGGCCCAAUGUCGUUCUCCUACCAAGUCAGACCCAGCGACCCGUACGGCUACGCCCAAAUCGUCUUUACCAGCUCCAACAACUUCUUCGCGAGCUAUUCAGACGCUUUUCUCGUCUCCCCAAACAUCAGUCCUCCACCACCACCACCACCACCACCCCCUCCUCCUCCUCCUCCUCCUCCUCCUCCUCCUCCACCACCACCACCACCACCGCCUCCUCCUCCUCCUCCUCCUCCUCCGCCGCCGUCUCCACCUCCACCGCCCUCGCCUUCGUCCACGAGUAACGCUCCAGUGCCUGCUCCCAGCCCAGCCAUUUCUUCGGUCCCAGGAUCUGUGGUCCCAUCUUCCACUGCUUCGGCUCAGCCCUCUGCACCUCAGCCUGUUUCGCUUGGGCCACCAACUAGUUUCACGCCCUCAGUUGCACCCUUUGCUCCAACGCCCUCUGGGGCUCCUGGUGCUCCGGGAACGAGCCCUGCAGCCAACACAACAGCCGGGCAGGACCAGAGCCCAUGGCUGACGCCUGUCAUUGUCACAUUCACCAUCAUGGCCCUGGCUGGCUUCGUCGUCUACUUUGUCUAUGUCCGAUGGCGAAACAGUCGACGGUUCCCCACAGGCAACAGCACCCACAGACUCAAUGACCUCCUCGGCAACUUUGCCACCAAGAUUGCCGAUCCCGAUGUCGAGGCCCCGAUAGCGUUCUCAUCCCUGUCGUCCAUGCGAUCCACGAGCUCAGAGAACGUCGCUGCCUCCUCGGGCUUCAGUCCCUCAAUCCCGUCGACGCCGGUGCCGCUCGUCCUGUCCACCCGGUACCCGGCCACGGCAGCUGUCCUGAAUGGCGGAACGGCCGCAAAGUUCUCGACCGAGCGCAUGUCAACAGCAUCGCUCUUGGUUACAUCGCCUUCGGCCCAGUCGCUCACGAGCGAGCUCGUCUCCCUCGAAUCGCUCCCACCCGCCACCCUUGCUGUGCUGAAGCGCUAUUCCCACAUGCUGAAUGCCAACUCUCUGUUCAACCCGGGUGCUCCAUCCACACCCUCGACCAUCACGCCGAGUCUGAUCGCUCACCCUUCUGAGUCUGCUCUCGGCAGUCCGGCUGCCAGCCUCGUCCCCAUCGGUGAGAACCCGUUCAACGAAGCUGUUGUGCUGUCUGGAAGCCAAAUCGUCACAAAUCCCUUCGCCGAUACCGCUGCCGAACCCAACACCUUCACCCCCAUUCUUGAACAAUACGCCGUCCAGACCAAAACGGGGACGCUGACCCGCCAUCUGUCCAAGCCGAUCGUGCAGGUGCAGGGCCUCAAGACCGUCGACGUGACCGAAGGCGCCCCGGCCAAUGUCGAUAUUGGCAGGCCCGUGGUCAUUCGACAAGUGCAGAUCCGGGACGACGAUGAUGGAUCCUCUCUCUUUUCCGAAGACCUGUUUGGUCGAACGCCCUCGCUCCGGGCCUCGCAGAGUCUGCGCUCCGUGCACCGAACCGAGUCCCUCACCGACCAGCUCGUCGAAACCCGAAAUGUCAUCCUCUCGCAGAGCGCCACGAACCUGUCGUUCUCGUCGUUCUCGUCGUCGCCCCAGAUCACCAGCGGCCUGGUCUCUGGAAGGAGUCUCCAAAGCAUCGACAGCGACGCAUCGAGCCCACCGUUCGCUCUGCGCGUCUUUACUCGCAUCGACGAGUAGCUGCCGAGACAAAGCCGUCUUCCAGGGCCCAGCUAUCCCACUAUCCCUCAUCCUUCGACUCCUGGGUGGAGUCUUUCGCUUUCAAGCCAUCGAUUCUUCCGUGUGUUUGUCG